AUGGCCCAAGAGUACAAGCUCAAGGGCGUCUCCGCGCUCCCCAAGCCCGGCCAGAAGCAGGAGGCCGAGGUCGAGGGCAUCCAGGACGCAAAGGUUCUCCUCGUCGGCCUCCAGACGGCCGGCAAGGCAGAGGUCAAGGCUCUCGGUGCCAAGUGCACGCACUACGGCGCGCCGCUGGUCAAGGGCGUCCUCACCAGCACCGGACGGCUCACCUGCCCAUGGCACGGAGGUGAGUGGCCCAAUCUUAACGGUGACGUCGAGGACGCUCCCGCCCUGGAUGCGCUGCCCGUGUUUCCGCUGACUGAGCGUGACGGAGGAUACUACAUCAGCGGCGAGGAGUCCGCCAUCAAGGGCUCACGAAGGAGGCCCAACUUCCCGUGCAGUGUGUCGAGUGACUCCAAGGAACACGUCGUCGUCGUUGGCGGUGGCUCGGGCAUGCUCGGCGUCGUCGAGGGCCUGCGUGAAAAGGGCUACCGGGGCCGUCUCACCGUCAUCUCCAAGGAGGGCUACCUCCCCAUCGACAGGACCAAGCUGAGCAAGGCGCUCAUCACAGACGCCGCCAAGCUGGCGUGGCGCGACAAGAGCUGGUACGACAGCGGCGCCGUCGAGUGGGUGGACGGCGAGGUCAACGGCGUCGACUUUGCGAACAAGCACGUCAAUACCACGAGCGGCAGCAAAAUUCCCUACACCAAGCUGGUCCUCGCGACGGGAGGCACGCCUAGGACCCUUCCCCUGCCGGGCUUCAAGGAGCUCGGAAACAUCUUUACGCUGCGCACGGUUCACGACGCAAAGAACAUUGUGGACGCCAUCGGCGACAAGGGCAAGAAGAUUGUCGUUGUCGGCUCGUCAUUCAUUGGCAUGGAAAUCGCCAACGCCACCGCCGGCGACAACUCGGUCACUGUUGUCGGCCAGGAAAAGGUGCCCCUCGAGCGCGUCCUUGGCGAAAAGGUCGGCGCCGGCAUUCAGACGUUCCUGGAGGGCAAGGGCAUCAAGUUCUACAUGAGCGCCGGCGUCGACCGGGCCGAGCCGUCCAGCUCGGAUCCCUCCAAGGUGGGGUCUGUCCACCUCAAGGACGGCACCAAGCUGGAUGCCGAUCUCGUCAUCCUCGGCGUCGGCGUCGCCCCCGAGACGACCUACCUCAAGGACAACAGCGCCGUUCAACUCGAGUCUGAUCAGUCGCUGCGCACCGAUUCUUCCUUUGCCGUCCAGGGGCUCACCAAUGUCUAUGCUGUCGGCGAUAUAGCCACGUACCCCUACCAAUACGGCCCCGGCGGCGACGGCAAGCUGGUCCGCAUCGAGCACUGGAACGUGGCACAAAACGCCGGCCGGGCCGUGGCCACCCACAUUGUGGACCCGUCUCACAGCAGCAAGCAGUUUAUCCCCGUCUUCUGGUCCGCCCUGGGCGCCCAGCUGCGAUACUGCGGCAACACCAUGGCCUCCGGGUGGGACGAUCUGAUUCUGGAUGGCAACGUGGCUGAGGCCAAGUUUGUGGGAUACUACUUCAAGGGAGAAACCUGUGUUGCGGCUGUUACGCAGGGCAGAGAUCCCUACAUGGUCCAGAUUGCCGAGCUGAUGAAGCUUGGGUUGAUGCCGUCCAAGAGCCAGCUCCAGAGGGGGGCGGACGUGUUUAGCAUUGACGUAGCGGCUCACGCAUGAUCC